AUGUCUGGCAGAGGGAAAGGAGGCAAAGGACUGGGCAAAGGCGGAGCCAAGCGGCACCGUAAAGUGCUCCGUGAUAACAUCCAGGGCAUCACCAAACCGGCCAUCCGCCGUCUGGCUCGCCGUGGCGGCGUCAAGCGGAUCUCGGGUCUGAUCUACGAGGAGACCCGCGGGGUGCUGAAGGUUUUCCGGGAGAAUGUGAUCCGGGAUGCGGUCACCUACACUGAACACGCCAAGCGCAAGACGGUCACUGCCAUGGAUGUGGUGUACGCUCUGAAACGCCAGGGCCGCACUCUCUAUGGCUUCGGCGGCUGA